AUGGCCAACGCUGAAUUCUCUAAUCCUUUACGCAAGUUCAAGCUGGUUUUUUUGGGAGAACAGUCGGUUGGAAAGACUUCGCUCAUUACUCGAUUUAUGUAUGACACUUUUGACAACACUUACCAAGCAACCAUUGGAAUUGACUUUUUGUCAAAGACCAUGUACUUGGAAGACCGUACUACCCGUCUACAGCUUUGGGACACUGCAGGCCAGGAACGAUUCCGUAGUUUGAUUCCCAGUUAUAUUCGUGACUCUUCGGUUGCUGUGGUUGUAUACGAUAUUACCAAUCGAAACUCAUUUGUAAAUACUUCAAAAUGGGUAGAUGACGUUCGUGCCGAACGAGGCAAUGACGUUAUUGUGGUUUUAGUAGGAAAUAAGACUGAUUUGAGUGAUGAAAGACAAGUGUCCACUGAUGAGGGGGAAAAAAAGGCCAAAGAGUUUAAUGUCAUGUUCAUUGAAACUUCCGCAAAGGCAGGAUACAAUGUCAAGGCACUAUUCAAGAAGAUUGCAAUGGCACUCCCUGGAAUGGAAACGCAAGGCACAGAAAACAAUGUCAUUGAUGUCAAGGUCAAUCCUACAGCCAAAUCCGAGGGAUCGAGCUGUGCGUGCUAAACGAGAGGAAUAUUUUGAAUAUGCUUGUGACCAAAUGAUUUCUUUUUGAGGGGUAAAUGGAUUGGUGACUACAGAGAUUGGAUGGAAUAAACUUUUUUG